AUGAAGCCCAAGUCCCUCUGCAUCUCGCGGCUUGGCCUCUUCGAGGAAGGCGGAUACAGGCGGCAGGUCGAUACCGGCGCACCGGAGCAGAACUACGACCCUCCGGCGGAGAACAGGCCCCGAGAUCGGCGCUUCUCUUUACUGCCAGAGAGAUCUCCAUACGAGCCUUUGGUGGAAGACGACAGCCAGCACAAACUAAAGGAGGAAAAGAAAGCCAAAAAGAAAGAAAAGUAUAAAAAAUACAGGAAGAACGUAGGAAAAGCCCUUCGCUACAGCUGGAAAUGUCUGAUGUUGGGUCUACAGAACUUCACUGUGGGAUACUCCACCCCUUUUUCCGCCGCUGCUUCAAUUGUCCCAGAUUUCCAUCCGGGAGGAGCCUGGGGUUGAGACAGUCUGGGGCCAGCAUUUGUACUGUAUCUCAAUCUUUAUGGACCAUUUAAUGCUGCGUGUCAGGUGCUUGUUAAAAAAUGGUCAAUACAUCUGCCUCGGACAGCUUUGAGUGUCAUGCUGUAAAUUGUUAAAUUGUUAUAAAUGUAAUUUCUUUGAAUUUGUGUUAAAGUGGAGUUUUCUUCUUGCAUUACUGAUUUACAGCUAUAAGAAAGACAAGUAACUCUUUUUACUCUCAGAUCUAUUUGUAUAUAUUUUGCUUUGAUGGAAGGAAUUCAGAUGAAUUUACGAAAUAUUUUUGUAUUAUAGAUCUAGGCUACAGUAUUGUUGAUACUGUAAUUAUUUUAUGUAUAGCCUCCCAUUUUCUCUUUCACUCUUCAGCAAGGCGCAAACACGUGCUGCGUAGAUGUGACGAUGGCAAAGGCGAAAGUGAUUUUGAUUCUUAACUGGAAGAGAUUGGUAUGUUUAUGCUCUGUAAAGUGAAUCGAAUGCCUUCUGAAAUUGUAUUUGAUUUAGUGAAUGUCAUGGAUAAAGGAUAGGACAUGUCUGACAUAGGAAAGUGCUCUCAGAGAGGGAAGUAAGUGUUUUCAAAUGGUAAUUGGGGCAAGAGCCUUAAAGACAAAGGGAUUAAGAGAAAGCACAACAGGAAAAGACUGUCUGGCCCGGGAGAGAAAUGACUGUGCCAUGGCUUGUUUAAUAAGGUUAGUGUAGAAGAUGCGUAUCUGUCAUGCUUGUUUAAAAUGAAUCACAACAAAUGUGAUGAAAAAGUUUAAUAAAUGAAAAUUCUGAGUGGGA